AAGAAGCUCACACGGGAGUGCGUUUUCCGAGAGCAGUUUGAAGAGAACUGGUACAACACGUACGCCUCCACCCUCUACAAGCAUCCCGACUCGGAGAGGCAUUACUACGUGGCUCUGAACAAGGACGGCUCCCCCCGAGAGGGGUACAGGACUAAGAGACAUCAGAAAUUCACUCAUUUUUUACCCAGGCCUGUGGACCCUGCCAAAAUACCUGCGAUGUACAGAGACCUCUUCCACUACAGGUGA